UUAAUCCACGCAGCAGAGAACUGACAUUUCUAAAACUCCAUUUCAGUCACUUUACAUGCAUCUUAAAGUCUGUUUACGUCUUCAGCUUUACGCUAAUAAAUGUGGUCACUCAGGCGCGCUGCAGGAACCGGAAGUGAUGAAAACAACAACAAAAGCUGCGGAGGAAAACACGGAAGUCCAGCAGCAACAGAAGCAGAGGGAGUUGCUUUGCAGAUUAAUAUGAUCAAUAUCUGAGUGACAUCAGGACAGACAAAGAAUAUAGAGGAUUAAAACAACAGCAGAGUAAAGAGAGAGGAGACUGAGCGCAGAAACACAGAGUCUCUGCAGUAUGGAUGUGUGUAUGUUGGAGGAGGAUCUGCCGCAGAUGGAUGGUACGUGUGACGCCUGCGAGCCGGACGAGCCGGAGUCUGCGCUGUGGAUGUGUGUGCGCUGCCGCUUCGCCUUCUGCUCCAGCCAUGCAGACGCACACACACAAAGCACCGCACACACACUACAGCCCUACAGCAGCGCAGACGCAGAGGCAGACACACACUCCGCUGAGCCGCAGGCUGCAGCGCUCCCGCCGGACGGGCGCAGGGAUACAGUGAGCGUGGAGCGGCUGAAGUGCAGAGAUCACGGUCAGGAGGGGGCGCUAUACUGCAAACACGACCAGCGCAUCAUCUGUGUGCUGUGUGCCGUACAGGGGGAACACAGAGGACACCAGAUCAUCACACUGAGAGAGGCGUACCUGUGGCAGAAGAGUAAAGAAGGCAUUGAUCUGCUGGAACAAACUCAUGAAAUCUCGGAGAGGAUCAAGGCUAAAUGGGCCAGUCCAGAUAUGAGCACGGAGGAGCUGGAGGCGUACGUGAACCAGCAGUUUGACGAGCUGCAGCGCAUGGUGCGUCUGGAGGAGUGGCGCGUGCUGCAUCUGGUGGACCUGAAGGAGGCCUUCCUGACCGCUCAGGCUGCGGAGAAGAUCUCGGAGAUCAGCGCGCACACACAGACGCUGCAGGAGGAGAUGGACUCUAUCACACACACACUCCAGCAGAUGGAGCAGGUGGAGGAGGACGGAGGAGCGCCUGCAGCACUGCUGGCUCCACUGCUGGCUCGCAGAGAGGAGGACGCAGGACGACGAGCGGAUCCUGAUGUGCGGCUCAGAGUUGCGGAUCACAGGAGGAAUCCUGACGCUCCUUCAGCUGAUGAAGACCGAGGAGACGGACACAUCGGACACACACCCUGAACACACACACACACACACACACACACACACACUGAACGCAGCUGAGUCUCUCUGUGAGAAUGGAGACAUCAACCGGAUGAAAUGCAGGAUCAAAUACUGAACUCUAAAAGAAUGUGUGGUCUUUUAUUAGUUAGUUGUUUUAAUAAAAAUCGACUGGACUUUUGAA